AUGUGGAGGCCCUCAUCUGAGGAGCGCUUGCCCGUGCAUAGAGGGCUAUCGCCGGUGCAACAACUGUGGCAAGGAAGGCCACUUUGGGAAAGAUGUCGCACCCUUGCUAGAGCAGCGACACGACCUCCGAUUCAGACUCCUGCGCAGAACCAGCAGAGGAACAGAGGCAACAGGCCUCAAGCGACGGGCAGAAUCGAUGUUAUGACAAGAGCAGAGGCUACAAGCUCAGGUAAUCUUGUUAUGGGUCAAUGCAUGAUUGUUGGUGAAUCUUUGUGUGUGUUGUAUGAUUCUGGAGCGACACACUCUUUUGUGUCAGAUGCAUGUGUGAAAAGAUUGUGUCUACCGGUGUGUGAGCUACAAUGUGAACUUGUGGUAUCUACUCUGGCGUUGGGUUUGGUCAGGACGUCAUCCUUAUGUGCUAAGUGUCCAGUGGAGGUGGAGGGGCACAGAUUGCCAGGAGAAGAAAUUGUUAUUCCCCGACUCAGUGGAACCUGA